AUGGAGACCGACAAACCACCACCACCACCCUCUUCCUCAGCAGCUCUAGACGUCAUCUUCAACUGUCACAUCUGCCAAGCCACCAUCUCCGACAUCUACAACCAAAGCUCCGGCAACAGCGGCUUCCGCGACGGACGACCCAACACCUCCGACACACGCGUCACGUCACUGUGGCUCACAGAAUGCAUGCACCUCACAUGCGGAAGCCACUUGGAGGGCGGCGGCGCGCCGUUCCACCCCGAGGGCGCACGUCCGGAGGCCGCGUGCCCGGUGUGUGUCAAAGAGGCGCACGACGACAGGCCGAAGCCGCUGUACGCGGUAAGAGGGUGGAAGGAGGGUGCCUACGAUGAGGACAUCCCGGAGGACUUGUUCGUCACGCCGCCGGUGGGGCUGGAUGGCAAGAGCAUCAAGGUGCAGGCGUUGCAGUUUCAGUAUACUUCACUCUUGCGGUACGGUACUGCUAUGCUUGCUCAACGGCGCGCGGCUGAAAAGACACGCUUGGAGGCUGAGCGACGGGCUAGUGAGGCUGAGAAGCGACAUCGUGAGAUGUCGGAGCAGGUCAUGGCGCUGAAGUGUCGCGUCACGGCCAUGGAAAAGGACCAAGCGGAGGUGUCGAAGUGGAAAGCACGCAUGCCGCAAAUUACUCACUACCUCAAGCUUUGUCCGGAGCUCAUUGGGUAUGCUGGAUGA